GGCGCGCAGGCGCGGUGCUGUUAUUGUUCCGCGGUGCUGCCGCCUGGCCCGGGCUGCCGCGGCCGCCAUCGCCAUCGCCAUGCCGAUUAACAAGGCUGAGAAGCCGGACAGGCCGGAGAGCUGUGACAAUGUCAAGGUGGUUGUGCGCUGCCGGCCGCUCAAUGACCGGGAGAAGGCCACGGGCUACAAAAUGGCAGUGAACGUGGAUGAGAUGAGGGGAACCAUCACUGUCCACAAAACUGACUCAUCCAAUGAGCCUCCUAAGACAUUCACAUUUGACACAGUGUUUGGACCAGACAGUAAACAGCUGGAUGUCUAUAAUUUAACAGCGAGACCAAUUAUUGAUUCUGUCCUAGAGGGAUACAAUGGUACUAUUUUUGCAUAUGGGCAGACUGGAACAGGCAAAACCUUCACCAUGGAAGGGGUCCGAGCAGUUCCUGAGCUCAGAGGCAUCAUUCCCAAUUCCUUUGCUCAUAUAUUUGGCCACAUUGCCAAGGCAGAGGGGGACACAAGGUUUUUAGUUCGUGUCUCUUACCUGGAAAUUUACAAUGAGGAAGUGCGGGACCUGCUGGGAAAGGACCAGACACAGAGGUUAGAGGUGAAAGAGAGACCUGAUGUGGGAGUUUAUAUCAAAGACCUUUCAGCUUAUGUUGUAAACAAUGCAGAUGAUAUGGACAGAAUCAUGACUCUGGGCCACAAGAACCGUUCUGUUGGUGCCACAAACAUGAAUGAGCACAGCUCUCGCUCGCACGCCAUCUUCACGAUCACCAUCGAGUGCAGCGAGAAGGGCGUGGAUGGCAACAUGCACGUGCGCAUGGGCAAGCUGCACCUCGUUGACCUUGCUGGUUCUGAAAGACAGACAAAAACUGGAGCCACAGGGCAGAGACUGAAGGAAGCCACUAAGAUCAACCUCUCCCUCUCCACGCUGGGCAAUGUCAUCUCUGCCCUGGUGGAUGGCAAGAGCACCCAUGUGCCCUACCGUAACUCCAAACUCACCCGUCUGCUGCAGGACUCCCUGGGGGGCAACUCCAAAACCAUGAUGUGUGCAAACAUUGGACCAGCAGACUACAACUACGAUGAGACCAUCAGCACUCUCAGGUAUGCAAACAGAGCCAAGAACAUAAAGAACAAGGCCAGGAUUAAUGAGGAUCCCAAGGAUGCUAUGCUUCGCCAGUUCCAAAAGGAAAUUGAAGAGCUUAAGAAAAAACUGGAAGAAGGGGAAGAGAUCUCUGGCUCUGAAACCAGCGAUUCUGAGGAGGAGGAUGACGAUGGGGAGAUUGGAGAGGAGAAGCGGAAGAAACGGCGGGGCAGUAGCAGCAGCAGUAGUUCAGACUCCACAUGCUCUGUCAUAGAGAAACCUCUGGAUAAGUCCUUCACUAAUCAAGCAGGCAAAAAGAAAGUUUCCCCUGAUAAGAUGGUAGAGAUGCAAGCAAAGAUUGAAGAGGAGAGAAAAGCUCUUGAAACUAAGCUUGAUAUGGAAGAAGAAGAAAGAAAUAAAGCCAGAGCUGAACUGGAGAAGAGAGAAAAAGACUUGCUCAAAGCUCAGCAAGAGCACCAGUCCCUGUUGGAGAAACUCUCUGCAUUAGAGAAAAAGGUGAUUGUGGGAGGAGUGGACUUGCUGGCAAAAGCAGAGGAGCAAGAGAAGCUUUUAGAAGAAUCCAACAUGGAGCUGGAGGAGCGAAGGAAGAGAGCGGAGCAGCUUCGCAAGGAGCUCGAGGAGAAGGAGCAAGAACGUUUGGAUAUUGAGGAGAAGUACACCAACCUCCAGGAGGAAGCACAGGGGAAAACCAAAAAACUGAAGAAAGUUUGGACCAUGCUUAUGGCUGCAAAGUCAGAGAUGGCAGAUCUACAGCAAGAGCAUCAGAGAGAGAUUGAGGGGUUGCUGGAAAACAUUCGGCAGCUGAGCAGGGAGCUGCGGCUUCAGAUUCUCAUCAUAGACAACUUCAUUCCUCAGGACUACCAGGAAAUGAUUGAGAACUACGUUCACUGGAACGAGGACAUAGGAGAGUGGCAGCUGAAAUGUGUUGCAUAUACAGGAAACAACAUGAGGAAACAGACACCUGUCCUGGAUAAAAAAGAGAAGGAUCCCUUUGAAGUGGACCUUUCCCAUGUUUACUUAGCCUACACUGAAGAAAGCUUGAGGCAAUCUCUGAUGAAGCUGGAGAGGCCGAGAACUUCAAAAGGAAGAUCCAGGCCCAAAACAGGGAGAAGAAAACGCUCGGCCAAGCCAGGAGCUGUCAUUGACUCCCUGCUGCAGUAGUGUCACCUGGUCAGAAUUCCUGUAAAAAUCAGUGAGUGUAUAAGGUUUGGCCAGAAUAUGGAAUUCAAGAGAUGGCACAGUUUGACAUGGCUAUCAUUUUUUUAUUUAAAAAAAUGUAUUUUUCCUUAGUUGCCUGUAUAUUGUAUGUUAUAUUAACAUAAUAUUAAACUGGUAUGUAUGAUUGAUGGUUGUGAAAUUCCAUGUAUUAAGUGUGUUGUGCAGGGAAACUUGUUGGUAAUCCUUGUUGAAAUGUAUAGAAAAUAGGGUUCUAGAUGUGUGUUUAAGUGCUAGAUGUGUUAGUUCAAAACAGUUAAUGAAAUCCUGAAAUUAAGGCUGGUAAAUCUGACUUAUGCCCUGCUUUGCACAUAACUGGCAGCUUUCACUGUUGUCCUCUGUUGCACUGAUCUCUGUUUGAAUGUAGUUGCUGCAAACCUUUAAGAGCAUCAAAUCUUUUUAUUUAAUAUUCCUCACUGUGGCUGUUAACACACUGUGUUAUGUGUUGGAUACACAGUCCUUUUCCCUUUUUGCUGUCUUGCUGUACAGAGAAAGUAGCUGGGUAGGAAAACCAUGAACACAUGAGAUUGCUGAAAAGGGACCAUAGGUGUCUAAUAGUUCUUUUAUUUUUAUCAGUUUGUUUGUGAUCUGCUGGCACUGUGGAGAAUGAGAUCUUGGAUAUUAAGGCAGAAGAGAGCUUUUUUCCUUCUUCUAAGGUUGUGUUACUUUGGCAGCUUUCCGGGGUUC